UCCGCAGGAGGAAAGAAAGGCCGAGCCGCGCAGGACGGAGGGCGGAGGCGGGGCAGGCGCGGCGAGCGGGGCGGCGAUUGGCCAGUGGGGCGAGCGGCGGGGCGCCGAUUGGCUGGCCGGAGGGAGCGGCCCGUGAAGGGGCCCGAGGCGGGGCGCCACCGGGAGAAGCGACGACGGCGGCGGCGGCCGGGAUGAGCGUGGCCGGGACCCCCGCGGUGGUGUCGGUCUCCAUCAGCAGCAGCCUCAACUCUUUCCGCGCCCUGAAGAGAUAUGCCCGCGGCCUCACCAUCGCCGAGUUCAAGUGCAAGCUGGAACUUGUUGUCGGGAGCCCAGCCUCAUGCAUGGAACUCGAACUCUACACCCCAGACGACAAGUUUGUGAUGAAGCUGGACCGCGAUGAGGCCUUGCUGGGCUCUUACCCGGUUGACGAUGGAUGCCGAAUCCAUGUGAUAGACCGAAGCGGGGCAACAAUCGGGGAAUAUGAAGAUGUCUCCAAGGUUGAGAAGUUCCAGAUUUCGGAUACUGAAUAUGGCAAGCGAGCAGAUUCGGCCCGCUCGUUCAUGAAGCGCAGCCACCUGGGACAGUACAAAAAGGAGGAAAUGUCGAGGAAGGAGCCUGACUUAGAGCAGAAGCUGGUGGAGGAGAAAGUCCUGGCGGAGGCCAUUUCCGUGGGGGCCAGGUGUGAAGUGCGAGUAUUGGGGCAGCCCAACAAACGGGGGACGGUCAUGUAUGUGGGCUUAACAGAAUUCAAACCUGGUUACUGGGUUGGGAUCAAGUAUGACGAACCGUUGGGAAAACAUGAUGGCAGCCUCAACGGCAAGCAAUAUUUUGAAUGCCAGCCGAAGUACGGAGCCUUUGUGAAGCCUCAGCAUGUCACUGUGGGGGACUUCCCAGAAGAGGACUAUGGGCUGGACGAUGAAAUGUGAGGGGAGCAGACCGGGAGGAAGGAAAUGGAGAGGGUCUCCGGGGCCUGUGUUUGCUGGCAGAAACCCCCCUCGGUUGCCGCUGUUUCCACAGUGUGUGCCAUUGCGCUCUGAUCCCGAGUGGGGGGGGGAGGGCGCUUGAGUGAAACGGAAGAACUGUGUGUUUCAACGUGUUGGUUGUUUGUCCCUUUGCCCUGGUUGUUCAGUGAAGAUGCUGCUGUUUCCAUGCCACGCCCCAUAGGUCAGUAACAGAGAACCAGAAUGUCUUUGAUUGUAGUAACCAUUUGGGGGAGGGGGAUAACAAUGACGUCUCCCCAAACAGCGAGUGGAAACCGAUAACGCAGGAUUCAGAACAGAUGUAUAUACAACUCUGGUUUCAAAACAAAACAAAAUCUAAACCGAAUCAUUUUGA